CGCCUCACUGUGGCGCGCAUGCGUCCUGGGCUGGUCCGCUCGCCUUGAGGCGGGGCGAAAGGACGGAUUUCUCUUCUUUGCUCCCGCCCCUGUUCUUCCCACCGCCACGUACCGGACCGCGGCUCUCGCUAGGGUUGUUGGGUGUGAACGAUAAAACCUGCGAGCUCGGCGAAGAGGCAGUAGAGGACAGCCGACGAACGGUGACCGGGACCUCCCUGCGAAAGACCGGAGCCCAGCGGCCUCCCAGCGGCUGGGUCAGCAGAGCCCGGCGAAGACGGGCGGCCUCGGCCAGAGGUUUUUCCUUUUAGACUUGUAUACAUAGACCACCCUGGAGUCCACCAUGAAUGGACAGUUGGACCUAAGUGGGAAGCUAAUUAUCAAAGCUCAACUUGGGGAGGAUAUUCGACGAAUUCCCAUUCAUAAUGAAGAUAUUACUUAUGAUGAAUUAGUGCUAAUGAUGCAGCGAGUUUUCAGAGGAAAACUUCUGAGUAAUGAUGAAGUUACAAUAAAGUAUAAAGAUGAAGAUGGAGAUCUUAUAACAAUUUUUGAUAGUUCUGACCUUUCCUUUGCAAUCCAGUGUAGUAGAAUUCUGAAAUUGACAUUAUUUGUUAAUGGCCAGCCAAGACCCCUUGAAUCAAGUCAGGUGAAAUAUCUUCGUCGAGAACUGAUAGAACUUCGAAAUAAAGUGAAUCGCUUAUUGGACAGCUUGGAACCACCUGGAGAACCAGGACCUUCCACCAGUAUUCCUGAAAAUGAUAAUGUGGAUGGUAGGGAAGAAAAGCCUGCUGCUUCUGAUUCUUCUGGAAAACAGUCUACUCAGGUCAUGGCAGCAAGUAUGUCAGCUUUUGACCCUCUGAAAAACCAAGAUGAAAUCAAUAAAAAUGUCAUGUCAGCAUUUGGCUUAACAGAUGAUCAGGUUUCAGGGCCACCCAGUGCUCCUGCAGAAGACCGUUCAGGAACACCUGACAGCAUUGCUUCUUCCUCCUCAGCAGCACAUCCACCAGCGGUUCAAGCUCAGCAGCCUCCAUAUACAGGAACUCAGACACAAGCAGGUCAGAUUGAAGGUCAGAUGUAUCAACAGUACCAGCAGCAGGCUGGCUACAGUGCACAGCAGGCUCAGGCUCCACCUCAGCAGUAUGGUAUUCAGUAUUCAGCUAGUUACGGCCAGCAGACUGGACCCCAGCAACCUCAGCAGUUCCAGGGAUAUGGCCAACAACCAACUUCUCAGGCACCAGCUCCCGCCUUUUCUGGUCAGCCACAACAACUGCCUGCUCAGCCACCACAGCAAUACCAGGCGAGCACUUACCCUCCACAAACUUAUACUACCCAAACAUCUCAACCUGCUAACUAUACUGUGCCCCCUGCCUCUCAGCCUGGAAUGGCUCCAAGCCAGCCUGGGGCUUAUCAACCAAGACCAGGUUUUACUCCAUCUCCUGGAAGUACCAUGACCCAACCUUCCAGUGGGCCUAACCCUUAUGCACGUAACCGUCCUCCUUUUGGUCAGGGCUAUACUCAACCUGGACCUGGUUAUCGAUAAGGAGCUUGAGCUACACUGAUGAAUGUAGCUGAGAGCUAAUUGGCUCCCAAAAGACUCCAAUACUAUUUUGUUUUGAUUUGUAUUGAAGUUCAAAAAUUUUAAAAGCAAAGCAUUUUUAUGAUAUCAUUGUUGCUGAUAAUUGAAAGUAUAAUUUGCCAGAACACACACAAAAUGACCAAAUAAAUAUUGUUUCUCCCUUGCUUAAAAAUGUAGCAGCUUCCUAGCUAUUUUGGGACACUACUCUUUACAUGUGUGUCAAGUGAUUGGCUUUCUAGCUUCCUUGUCCAGAGGAUAUUCAAAAGCUAGGUUAAGGUUUAGCCAGCAUACCUGGCUUUUUACUGUUAACAUGAUGUACUAAAAUAGAGCCUAUCGAGAGGAUGACUAGAUAUUAUGUAUAAAAUGUAACACUGAUAGGCUAAUAAAGGUGAUUGAAUCCAA